CCUUCUCGGGCACCCGUCCGGCGUUCGCGUGCGGCAACAUGGCGGCGGUCUCAAUGUCAGAGGCUCUGGGGCGAGCUCUGUCGGGGAGAAGGGCAGCGGCCGCGGUUGCGGUUGCCGUUUCCCGGGUUCCGACCAGGUCCUUGAGCACUUCCACAUGGAGGCUGGUGCCGGACCGAACUCGGGAGGCGCAGCUCAUCACAGUCGACGAAAAGUUGGACAUCACUACUCUGACCGGUGUUCCCGACGAGCACAUCAAAACGCGCAAAGUCAGGAUCUUUGUCCCCGCUCGCAACAACAUGCAGUCUGGCGUGAACAACACCAAGAAGUGGAAGAUGGAGUUCGACACCCGGGAGCGCUGGGAGAACCCUCUGAUGGGCUGGGCGUCCACGGCGGACCCCUUGUCCAACCUGGUUCUGACCUUCAGCACUAAAGAGGCUGCGGCGGCCUUCGCAGAGAAAAACGGAUGGAGCUAUGACAUUGAGGAGAGGAAGGUUCCGAAGCCCAAGUCCAAGUCUUAUGGCGCAAACUUCUCUUGGAACAAAAGAACAAGAGUAUCCACAAAAUAGACUGGCACCAACUCGAUCUCUGGGAAUCAAGUCAGCUGUGCUGUAUUUAUAGUUCACGUACAAUACAUCUCUUCGUCUCCUAAUAAAUCUGACCUUUCAACUGCA